AGAUACAUUUUUUGGGGCAUCAACACAUAGUUCUAAUGAGAUGUUUUCAUUAUAACUUCCAGUACAAAUUAUUUGAUGAAUUAUUUCCAUGAUAAAAGCACGUUUGUAUAAGAUUGUCUCAUCAUUCAAAGCAGCUGGAAUCGACCAUCGAGAACAUUGACGUGAACUGACCAUGAAAAACACACUUUCUGGAGUGAGUGAGGGGCCAUCUGUGGACAAACAGUCCUUGGACUAUGUAGUGGGAUCAGUAUCAGGCAGCUUGUUUCCAAAGGAGUCUACAUCCAGCUCCGGAUCGUUAUCUGCAUUGUUCCAAGCUGCGCCAGUAGUUGACACUCUGUUCUUUGUUCCUGCUCCUAAGCCUGAACCGAGGAGCGUGGAGUUGAAGGAAGGCGCGGUUACAAAAGGGCAGAACCACCAGAAACAAACAAAGAAAGCUGCAGCUGCAGACCUAAGUCUAGAAAACAGAGAAAGUGCAUUACAAAAUGCUGACGAAGAUGAACAGGUCCCAAACAUGCCCAAGAAGACUAAAAGGAAAGCUGUUGAGAUGGGAGAAGGGGGUGCGACAGAGGAGGAGGAGAGGCAGACAAAAAAACAGAGGACUGGAGCCCAAAUUGCGGCGGAGAGGGUAAAGCAGAAACGAACAGUGUUUGUCGGCAACCUUCCUGCCAGCUGCACAAAGAAGACACUUCAGCUUGUCUUCAAGGAUCAGGGAGCCAUUGAAAGCAUUCGAUUUCGAUCAGUGGUAAGAGAAGAUCCAUCGAUGUCACGCAAAGUAGCAGCUAUUCAACGCAAGGUUCACCCCAAGAAGCAGAGCAUCAAUGCCUACGUGGUUUUCGAAGCUGAGGAAGGAGCCGAGAAGGCAUUGGAAAGGAACGGCAUGGAGAUUGAGAAAAACUUUCACAUCCGGGUCGACAGGGUCUCCAAAAGUUCAUUGCACGAUCACAAGAGGUCAAUAUUCAUUGGCAAUCUACCAUUCGAUAUAAACGAAUUGCCAGUGCGACAGCACUUUGAGGAGUGUGGCGAGGUGGAGGGGGUGCGGCUGGUGCGGGACAAGAACUCUGGAAUGGGCAAGGGCUUCGGCUACAUCUUAUUCCAGAGCAUCGAUGCUGUCCAGCUGGCCUUGAAACUAGACGGCUCCAAACUCCUCGGGAGGUCGGUCCGGGUGAAGAGGUCAGUGAAGAAGGAGAAAGAGAAGAAGAAAGUGGUGCACAGAGGUCCCAGAGGGAAAGAAAGAGAGAUUAAGGGUGCAGGGAAGGAGCCUACCAAAGGGGGAUUUAAGGAGAGACCGGGCCAGGGCGGUCCCCAAAACAAGUCUUCCGGGAGGCCGCAGGGAAAGGGGCCUCAAAUCAAAUCGAUGGGGAAGCCAUUCAAGAAAAGUCUAGGUGAGGCAACGAAAGCCCCCACAGGCCCCUCUUCCUUCAAAGGUGAGAUGGCCGACCCAAACAGAAAAAAUGCAAAGGCGAAAGCACUGAAGAAGAAACUCAAACCGAGGAAAAGGAAUCAGGUCGUACACAUUUGAUGGUCUGUGCUUUGUGCCUUUUGGAUGUAAAUUAAUUUGAUAUUGUUAAAGCAGAUAAAAUGUGUUGUACAAUUAACAUGUCAGUGGAGCUAUAUCAUGAGAUGGUGUGUAAGCGUUCCUGACGUAACAUCCAUGCCUACCCACAUUUCCAGUUGAAACGGUUGUUUUUUUAGGUUGGGGCUAUCGCACCCAAUGUAUGUAAAUAUUAACAUGUACAGUUGAAGUCGGAAGUUUACAUCAACUUAGUUUGGAGUCAUUAACUCAUUUUUCAACCACUCCACUCAUUUCUUGUUAACAAAAUAUAGUUUUGGCAAGUCUGUUAGGACAUCACUUUUACACAAGUAAUUUUUCCAGCAAUUUGUUAGAGAUUAUUUCACUGUAUCACAAUUCCAGUGGGCCUGAAGUUUACAUACACUAAGUUGACUGUACCUUUAAACAGCUUGGAAAAUUCCAGAAAAUUGUAUGGCUUUAGAAGCUUCUGAUCAUCAUUUGAGUCAAUUAGAGGUGUACCUGUGGAUGUAUUUCAAGGCCUACCUUCAAACUCGGUGCCUCUUUCCUUGACAUCAUGGGAAAAUCAAAAGAAAAUCAGCCAAGACCUCAAAAAAAAUUGUAGACCUCCACAAGUCUGGUUCAUCCUUGGGAGCAAUUUCCAAACACCUGAGGGUACCACGUUCAUCUGUACAAACAAUAGUACGCAAGUAUAGACACCAUGGGACCACGCAGCCGUCAUACCACUCAGGAAGGAGACGCGUUCGGUCUCCUAGAGAUGAACGUACUUUGGUGCAAAAAGUGCAAAUCAAUCCCAGAACAACAAAGGACCUUGAAGAUGCUGGAGGAAGCAGGUACAGUAAAAGUCCUAUAUCGACAUAACCUGAAAGGCCCCUCAGCAAGGAAGAAGGCACUUCUCCAAAACCGCCAUAAAAAGAGCCAGACUAUGGUUUGCAACUGCACAUGGGGACAAAGAUUGUACUUUUUGGAGAAAUGUCCUCUGGUGUAAUACAACUGUUUGGCCAUUAUGACCAUCGUUAUGUUUGGAGGAAAAAGUGGGAGGCUUGCAAGCCAAAGAACCUCAUCCCAACCGUGAAGCACAGGGGUGGUAGCAUCAUGUUGUGGGGGUGCUUUGCUGCAGGAGGGACUGGUGCACUUCACAAAAUAGAUGGCAUCAUGAGGGAGGAAAAAUAUGUGGAUAAUUUGAAGCAACAUCAAGACAUCAGUUAAAUAUUGGUCGCAAAUGGGUCUUCCAUAUGGACAAUGACCCUAAGCAUACUUCCAAAUUUGUGGCAAAAUGGCUUAAGGACAACAAAGUCAAGGUAUUGGAGUGGCCAUCACAAAGCCCUGACCUCAAUCCUAUAGAAGAUUUGUGGGCUGAACUGAAAAGGCAUGUGCGAGCAAGGAGGCCUACAAACUUGACUCAGUUACACCAGCUCUGUCAGGAGGAAUGGGCCAAAAUUCUUAUUUUGGGAAACUUAUUGUGGGAAGCCCGUUGAAAAGCUACCUCUAACAUUUGACCCAAGUUUAAAUUGUUUAAGGCAAUGCUACCAAAUACCAAUUGAGUGCAUGUAAACUUCUGACCCACUGGGAAUGUUAUGAAAGAAAUAAGACUAUUCUGACAUUUCACAUUCUUAAAAUAAAGUGGUGAUCCUAACUGACUAAGACAGAGAAUUUUUACUAGGAUUAAAAAUGUCAGGAAUUGUGAAAAACAGUUUAAAUGUAUUUGGCUACGGUAUGUAAAAACUUCCAACUGUACGUCUAUGGUCCCACCUAAAGGUAGGGAAAACAUUCAUUAACUAUUCAGGACAUUAACAUCUGAGAGACUAAAUAAAGUUUUAGAAGCAAGUGUCA